GCUAUGGUCAACCUUAGAUAACGGUCCUGUGCGACUUAUCUUCUCUAAUCAUCCUUCUUCUUCCCAUGUUAGUUUACUUUUUUUAAAUAUAUUCUCAAGACUCGUGCCCUACAAUACAAUUUCUCAUCGAUGUCCAUACGAUUGAAGAAAUCAACAUUAAUUUCCGAGGUUAUAAUGAAUGUAUAAAAUGGCGGUUAAUUCUGCUUCAACUUCAUUCGAUCGCAUUCGGAGCCAGUGAACAAAACAAGUGAGCGGAUUUACUGAAUCAGAAAGCCAGUAAGCUUCGAAAAGUCGUUGCAGAACUUUCCAAAUUCUCAUAUAAAUUGCAAGCUGUUGAGGACAUCAAAUAAUAAUGGGCAUUUCGAUGAAUGUUGCUGCUGUUCUCUGCCUUGUUGUGAUAGCUGGUGCAGCUAUAAGAAGUACCGAAGCUAAGGUUUUCACGUCGAAGAUCUCUCUUCACCUCGACGCCGCGUGCGACCUGUUCAGGGAAGAGCUCAUGGACGAAGGCGGCACGUGUAAUGCUGACGUCAUCGAGGAAGUCAUCGACGAGGCGGAUGAGAUCGAGGGACUCGUUGGCAUCGAUGAGGAGAAGAUUGAGGAUUACCUAGAGAGGGCAGAGGAAGGGAAGCUGUGCUUCUCACCCGACGGAGAACAGGUGACUAACCUCAAGGAUGGUUGUUCAGCCAUGGAACAAGUCUGUGAGAACAAUGUCAAUGUGAUGAACUGCAAAGAUAUGGGACCUGUAACAAAUGCAGUGUAACUCAAUACAAGGACUAUGUGUUUGAGAAUGGUUCUACUUGAUUGACCGGUGUCCAUUAUCCACUCUUAACGAACCAAUCAUCGGUCAAGCUGAUCACUGAAGGAAAUCACAUCGUCUUUCUGCACCAGUGGUCACAAUAGACAAAUUAUAAGCAGUCAAUAAACCCAUCAAAUAGUAUUACACCUGUAAAAUUCAUUUCCAUCAAUCGGAUUUGCCUCUUUAUCGAAUGGAAUCCUACGUAGAUCAUUUUAUAGGGCGAGGGAAAUUGUUUUUUGUCAGUCAAGGCAGUUUCCAUUUUGUAACAUUAGAAAAAAACCAAUCAUUGUAUCUCUGCGGUCUUCACUACAUUAAGAUUGUGAUGUCCAUUUGUGACUACCUAAAAGCUAGA